UUUCUCCUGAUCAACGAUCAGUUUGUUCAAGUCACAGAACACGUAGGCUUACCCCAAUAGAAAUGCCGUGUCUUGGAGUUGCAAUAGUAGCUCCUCAGCAGUAACAGUUGCUCACUCUUGGCGUGUUACUCAAGUGUACGAGGAAAGUUCAACCAGGAAAACAUUAAAUAUCUGCAACCAAGCUAACGUCAGGGGAACUGCGGGUUGUGUGGUGAAGCAUGGCUCAAAAACUUUUACUCAUUGACACGGACUGUGGUAUUGACGAUGCCCAGGCUGUUAUGGUGGCAUUGGCACAACCCAAUGUGAAAGUUUUGGGCAUCACCUGCUGCUUUGGAAAUACCUCGGUUGAUCAUGUUUGCCAGAACGUAGUUCGGGUCCUGUCUGUUUGCGGGCGCAAUGAGAUCCCAGUGUUCAAAGGGUUAGCUGGUCCUUUGGUGGGAGCCUUCAACACCUUGAAGGACCACUUUGGCACAGAUGGUCUUGGUGAUGUUUUGAAUGCAGAACAUCCGGUAGGCUGGAAAGACCGUAUCCAGAAGGAGCACGCGGUCACUGCUAUGAUCAGACUGGUGUCUGAGAACCCUGGACAGGUAUCCCUUGUGGCCCUUGGCCCUUUGACCAACCUGGCUUUGGCAAUCAGACUGGACCCAACAUUUCCUCAAAAGUUAAAGGAUCUUUUCAUCAUGGGAGGAAACAUGGAGGGAAAAGGGAAUGUAUCAGUAUGUGGCGAAUUUAACUUUGUUAUGGAUCCAGAGUCUGCAUUUGUUGUUUUGGAAGAAUACAUGUGUCCUACACACAUUGCAACCUGGGAAUUUACCUGCAGAAAUAAGCUCUCGUGGGACUUUUUUGAGAAGUUAAUCAACCAAGACCACGCCGCUGCUUAUUUUAUGAAGACCAUCACAUCCAAGUGCUGGGCUUUCUCUCGGGAAUUUGGGGUGAAUAAAAGAGACGCGCUCUUCGGCCAAGGCUUUGUGCCCUACGAUGCAUACGCAAUAGCAGCGUGCAUCGACCCCAGUGUUGUGACGGAGAGUGUGGAGUGCGCCGUUCGGGUGGAGCUACAGGGGGCUUUGGGAAGAGGGAUGAUGGCACUAGAUUUUACAAACAUGCUAAAGAAGAGUCACUGUGUAUCCGUCAUGAAAGCAUUCGACCUAACCAAGUUCAGCCAGCUACUAAUGGCUUCACUUAGACAGCCGAAUGUAGACCAUUAGAGGAACCACUAAACUCCCAAGAUAUGUCCAUCACUUCCCAGCAAUCAAGAUAUUUUUGACACUACCCGUUUCAUUUAUUGAGAUUUUGUAAAACUGUCGAUUUUCAACAUUAAUAAAUCAAGGGCAAAAGG